GCCCUUAUCAUCGGUCUAUCAAGCGUGUAAGGAAGAAAAAAGACGAGCAGAGCUGAGCUCAGCCUUCCUAUCUCUAAGCUGAAAGAGUUAGCGGCUUUCGAGGCCCAUUUCGUUUGGCACUCCUUUCGUGCUUUUAGGGUUUGCCCAGUACAAGGAUCUCUUUCGCUGCUUUAGCAGGUUCGACAUAAAAGAUGAGUACAUUGGACACAACUAGAGCAGAACUCGCUCUUGUAGUGUUGUAUCUGAACAAGGCUGAAGCCAGGGAUAAGAUAUGCAGAGCAAUACAAUAUGGUUCAAAAUUUUUGAGUAAUGGAGAACCUGGGACGGCCCAAAAUGUUGACAAAUCAACUAGCUUGGCAAGAAAAGUUUUCCGUCUUUUUAAGUUUGUCAAUGAUCUGCAUGCUCUUAUUAGUCCAACUCCUCAAGGAACUCCUCUUCCGCUUGUUCUGCUGGGAAAGUCCAAAAACGCAUUGCUGUCAACUUUUCUAUUUCUUGAUCAAAUUGUCUGGCUUGGCAGAACAGGAAUCUAUAAGAACAAAGAACGGGCUGAGUUAAUUGGCCGGAUAUCUCUUUUCUGCUGGAUGGGAUCGUCGGUUUGCACCACUUUGGUUGAGGUUGGGGAGCUUGGAAGGCUUUCCGCAUCAAUGAAGAAGUUGGAGAAGGAUCUCAAAAACACUGAUAAAUACCAAAAUGAGCAGUACCGUGCUAAACUAAAAAAAUCAAACGAGAGGACACUGGCCCUGAUCAAAGCAUCCGUGGAUAUAGUGGUAGCCGUUGGACUGCUUCAGUUGGCACCAAAGAAAGUUACCCCUCGUGUUACCGGAGCAUUUGGGUUUGUUUCCUCUCUCAUCUCGUGUUAUCAGUUGCUUCCGUCGCCACCAAAGUCCAAGUCAGCAUGAAGAUAAGUCUGUUAUGCUCUGCAAGCUUCAAUGUCUUCUAAUAAUUAUUUAGGGUUAUGAUACAAAUCCUUGGCAAUGGAAGCCUUUAAAUAACUAGUUGUAAAAUGCUUUUCUUUAUCUUGGGCCUUCCAUACUGCUUUGUUACAAUAGCAAUAAUAUAAUGUUGUUUCCUUCAUAUUUAGUUUUUAGGUGGAAGCAAAAUACUUGAUAGGUGGUUCUAUAUGGGAAAGUUACCCAUUCCGAUUUGGCAACACUUUUUGCACUGAAUUUAAUCCCUGGGUUUAUUUUGUCUCUCGGAAUAAUUUAUGGGUUACGGUUGAUACUUUUCUAUUA